AUGCCCCCCCGUGCCAAACGCCAGACACGCGCCGCCGCCACGAACCCUGGUACGGCAGCCAGACCACAAGCAAAGCCACCUAAGGCCAGCAAACAGCUCUCGCCGCCCUCGCAGGAUGAGAGCGAAGAUGGCGACGUGUCGACAACGAUGACGGCAGUGGAGAAGAAACUGUAUCAGAAACUGAAGGCCAAGCAGGAGCUAGAGGAUAAAAAGCGGGAGCUUGCGCGUAAAGCCAACAUUCGCAAGAGGUCAAAUGCUAUGACCAUGGAAGAGACACAAGAGGACAAGGGUGAGGACGAAGACGAGGGCCACUAUCGCCUACGCAAGAAGACGAGGACGGAGCGAGAUGUGGAAUCAGUUGAAGACGAGGGCUCGCAGGACAAGGUCGAGGAGGAUGAGGAGGUCGAGGAGCCUAAGGAAAGGCAGCGUCCUAAACCCAAACCUAUAUUCAAGGGCAAGGGCAAGGCCGUGCAGCCCAUUGAAGAGCAAGGCGACAAUGAUGACGUGGUGAUGCAGGUCAAUGAGGAUGACGGGUUGGACGAGGAGGAGAGAGAAUUGGCACGGCAAAUCGCGCCAGUGACGAAGAAGACCCCGGUGUCGCCCAAGAAGACCCCGGUGGUGCCCAAGAAGACCCCAGUGUCGCCCAAGAAGACCCCCGUGUCGCCCGUGUCGCCCAAGAAGGAUACCAGGGCAGCAGCACCUGCUGCACCUGCGUCGCCUUCUGAAGGGAAGGCCAAGGGUCGUCCCCGUCGGCUGUCGAAAGGACAACGCGAGGUCUUCGACUAUGUUGAGAUUACGGUGGCGCCGACAAAGUCAAAGAAGAAUGUCAACGGAGCCAAGGUUGCAGACAAGGCAGCGUCUGCAAAGGCCGGAAAGUCGACGUGGUACAGCUUGAGGUCCAUCUUGAGGAGCGCUGAAGCUGAAGAUAGUGGAGAUGAUGAGGAAAGAGGCACCGUUGACGAGGGUGAUGAGCUGGAUGAGGAGGAGAGUGGAGGAGAAGACGAGGCCAGCAACCACAGCGACGUCAAGUACCUGAAGGGAAAGCGCAUUGCAAAGGGCAGAGGCAAGAGAAGGCAGGGUUCCAGCGGUGUUGCACGGAAACGCCUUCGGAACCGUGCUCUGGUGACGGACUUGCCAGACAUUGUCGCCCCGGUCAGGAAUUUAGCUGCGUCGUACCUCAAGAUGCACAUCGCGCUCGAGCAAGCCUGGACGACGUACAACGGCUCCACCAAUGGUCGCCUGUCAGACAGGCAUGAAGUCUUGGAGACAGUUAUGACAUUGGUGGCGACCCACAAGAACAAGGACGGGCGUGUUCCACGGGAUCUUGGGGUUGCGUUGGACGAGCUGUUAGGGGAAGGAGAGGAGGUGGAUGCCCUGAGGAAGAUGGUGCUUGACCUGGUCUGGCAGGGCGCGUCGCAGAUGAGGAACGACCUCAAGAAGAAGGCAAAGCAGGUUGUCAAUGAGGCGUACGGAUUCGCGGGGCUGAAAGCACCUAAGAAGGAGGCUCUGGCGACGUGGCUGCUGAAGACCUACAAGCAGAGCAUGAAGGGAGGCUACGCCUCCAAGAGCAAGGGUGGUAGUCGGGUUGACGAGCAGAAGAGCAAACUGGCCAACACAAAGCUGUUCCAACACCCUGCCAUCGCCAAGCUCAUCUACGCGUUCUGGUUCAGCUUAUCACAUAAGGAGGUGAGAGAUCAGCGCAAGAAGUUCAGCAGCGUCCCAGACAACCUCAUCGCCCUGGUCUGCAAUGUGCUGGAGGCGGCUAUCAAGGACCAUCUGCAGACCAGUGCAAGCAAUGCACUGGACUUGCAAUUCUCAAACAAGAUCUACGCACCAAAGGGUCUGCUCAGGUGGAACGACCACAUGACGAUCCUUGAGGAGAUGCGCAAAGUGCGCCCAGAGGUAUACCAACGCAUGAAGAGUGGCAUCUGGACCCGCGUCAACUUGAAGAUCAAGGAAGACGAUAAGGUGCGCGGUCGAGCCGAUGAGGAGAGCCUGCCUAGCCAACCGCAGGGCUUCAACUGGGAUGACAUAUCUGCGGAUGACAUCGAGGAAAUGGAGCGCGAGGGCGAGGAGGACAAGGUGGAGAGCGAGGAUGAGGCCAACACAAAGGACGGGGAGGGAACCUCAUUGCGAGAGCUGUCUGAGCAGCCUGCUGAGUCCAAGACGUCUGCGGCUGCAACGGAGGAGGCAGCUCGGGAUUCUCAGGACGGCGCUGAGGGGGCCGGAGGGAGUGCAGGACAAGAUGAAGCAGGCACGUCCAGGAUCACGACGGCAACAAAGCCUAGGUCCAGUACGGCACAUGCUGCUGAGGACAGAGCCCGGUCGAGUGCCAACGCCCAUGCCCAUGCACAGGACAUCACCGGUGUGAGGAUCGAGGUGCUUGAGACCCGGACGUUGCCACCAUUGGACGAGAAUGCACUCCAUGAAUGA